CAAAACGCGUAUGCAUGCAUAUAAAUAAUUAACAUUUAUUGAUAAAGCAACUGUUUCUUUAUUAUCCAAUUUAUUUUAUAUUUUAGAUAUAUAUAUAUAUAUAAAUGCACAACAAGCUGCUCAUCUCCAAAUUAAAAAUCAAAAUUUGCAGCAAUGGCAACAACAACACAAAAUAAUGAGUUUAAGCUCAAACUUCUUAUCGAUACAAAGAAGAAAAAGGUUGUAUUUGCGGAGGCAGGAAAAGACUUGGCAGAUUUCCUCUUCUCUCUUCUCUCAUUGCCAAUUGGUACAACGAUAAGACUCUUAUCCUCCAAUGAUAUUGGUAUGGUAGGUAGCUUAGCCAAACUCCAUCAAAGCUUACACAAUCUUAACCCUACUUAUAUACAAUCCAAUCGCAAUAAAGAUGCCCUUCUUAACACCAAUAAAAAUUAUCAUAUUGGUGAUGAUGAUCAAACCAUGACCCUUUCCUCCUUAACCAAAUGCAACCUAAGCCAAUCUUAUACUAAUAACGUUAAUGAUGAUGCCCUUCCUAGACCGGCCGUUGUUGGUACCAAAACAAGAUCAUCAUCAUCAUCAUCAUCAUCAUCAUCAUCAGGUCGACUUAGCAAAAGACUCCACGACUCUUCAGUUCAAUAUCCGCGCCCAAUAGAUAACAUUUGCCGUAAUUGUGGCCAUUAUUAUUAUCAUCCAGAAAGAGGCCACGAAUCUUCCUGUAUAAUUGAACAUCUGUGGUCAAUAAAUGACAUUUGCCAUAAUUGUGGCAAAUAUUUUGAUUUAGGCCUUCAGCCACCGCCACCUCCACCGCCACCGCCGCCUCCUCCGCCACCACUGCUGCCACCUGGAGCUGUUGAGAAAGAAAAUGGUAUUGUGAAAGGAGUGGUUACUUAUAUGAUAAUGGACGAUCUGGAAGUGAAGCCCAUGUCUAAUAUCUCCAUGGUAUCUUUACUUAAUACCUUCAAUGUUAAGGAGGUUGGUGCUCUUCACAACAAGACUGUUUUUGUUGGCGUUAAAGAGGGAUUGAAUAUGUUGAACGCAUCUCUGCAUACUAAAACAGUUCUUACUCAUGUGUUUCUUGGAGGAGAAGGAAGGAUCUAG